GGGGCCCUGGUUUGCUGCUAGCCCGGCCGACUGCGGCGCCCUCCCUGGAGAGACGCCGCGCUGUUUAGUGGUUGCGGAGCCAUGUUGCAGUGCCUGGAGGGGGUGAAGCACCUCUGCGGCGUGCUCCUCAGCUUCUGCUGCGACAUCGACCUCAAGCAGCCCAGGGGACUAGAAGACCCCGAGCUCCUAGCCAGGGAGACCGUCUUUAGCGUGAGCGAGGUCGAAGCGCUGUACGAGCUGUUCAAGAAGAUCAGCAGCGCCGUGAUUGAUGACGGGCUGAUUAACAAGGAGGAGUUUCAGUUGGCGCUUUUCAAGACCAAUAAGAAGGAAAGUUUGUUUGCUGAUCGGGUCUUCGAUUUAUUUGACACAAAACACAAUGGAAUUCUAGGAUUUGAAGAGUUUGCCCGUGCGCUAUCAGUAUUUCAUCCAAGUGCCCCUGCUGAUGAGAAAAUUAACUUUUCAUUCCAGCUAUAUGAUUUGAAGCAACAAGGUUUCAUUGAAAGACAAGAGGUUAAGCAAAUGGUUGUUGCUACACUUGCUGAAUCAGGAAUGAAUCUUUCAGAUGAAGUCAUAGAGAGCAUCAUUGAUAAGACUUUUGAAGAGGCAGACACAAAACAUGAUGGGAAAAUUGACAAGGAAGAAUGGCGCAAUCUAGUUUUGAGGCAUCCCUCUUUGCUGAAGAACAUGACACUCCAAUACCUCAAGGACAUCACCACUACAUUUCCAAGCUUUGUCUUCCAUUCUCAGGUCGACGACACGUAAAAAUCCUGAGAAAUUUCUUACUAUGAUGGAAAAUCAGAAGAUAGUCCUAGUGCUUUGUUAAGCUUUCCAAUGGUUGGUUGAUGGUUUCAUGCAAGCCAUAGUAUUCCAAAGCAUAUUACUUACUGGAUCAGCAAUUCCGCUCGUUUCUUGUUAGUAACUUCUUUUCUUGCUUUUGUCUGGAGGUGUGGCUGGAAUCUUUCAGCCUGUGAUGUUUUUCUGAAAGUCUCUUCUUCUUUUCCGGUUUUUUUCCCCUUAGGGUUAGCUGGUUGUAUACCCGAAUGGCUAAGUUUCUUUUUGUACAAAGCUGGUUCCCUUUUAGUUAACUGUAUUUUAUGUGGGGAACAAUUAUAUUGUAUAUUAUGGAUUAAAUUGAACAGAGCAGAAAUUCCUUUGUUGA